GCUCUAUGAACAGGAGAGGAAUUCCAGUUUGGACCAAGAGGAACCAGAAGCUCUGCAGAUAAAAGAAGAGCAGCAAGAACCAGAACAUCCCUGGACAAAAGAGGAAACCAUGGAGCUCCCCAUAAGUGAGCAGGAAGAGCAGCUUGUUCUGAAGCAGCAGGAUGAAGAUAUUGGAGAGGAACCUUUCCCAUGGUUGACAUGCGGAGAAAUAAAUACAGAAAAUUGUAUGGCUCACACUCACAUGGGUCAGAAGAGUUAUGAAUGUCUGUCCUGUGGAAAAAAAUUCACUCAGAAAUACAAACUUAAUAGUCACAUAAGAACUCACACAGGGGAGAAACCUUUUGAAUGUCUGUUCUGUGGAAAAAACUUCACUCAGAAAGGCAAUCUUAAUAGUCACAUAAGAACUCACACAGGGGAGAAACCUUUUCAAUGUCUGUUCUGUGGAAAAAACUUCACUCAGAAAUCUACUCUUGAUACACACGUUAGAAUUCACACAGGUGAGAAACCUUUUUCCUGUACCAUUUGUAACAAGAAUUUUACAAAAAAAAAUCAUUUAACUACACACAUGAGAAUUCACACAGGUGAAAAACCAUUUGUAUGUCUCUCCUGUGGAAAACAAUUCACCUCUAAGUAUGAUCUUAAUGAUCACAAGAACAUUCACACUGGAGAGAAGCCUUUUAAAUGUCUGUCCUGUGGGAAAAGCUUCACUCAGAAAUCUAGUCUUUAUAAACAUGUCAGAAAUCACACAGGUGAGAAACCUUUUUCUUGUAUUAUUUGUUUUAAGAAUUUUACUCAAAAAAGUAAUUUGAUCGCUCACACGAGAAUUCACACAGGGGAGAGACCAUUUGAAUGUCUCUCCUGUGGAAAACGCUUUACCUCUAAGUCUGAACUUAAUAAACACAUGAAAAUUCACGCAGGUCAGAAGUCUGUUUCCUGUAACAUUUGUAAGAAGAAGUUUACUGAAAAAAGUAGUUUGACUAAACAUAUGACACUCCACACUGGUGAGAUGUUCUCCUGAAUGAUUUGACACAACGGUUUUAAAUGAGAAGGUAAUUUGAGUAUUCAGAUGAAAUUUGUUCAUGCUUGAUGUGGAAAAAAAAACAUCUGUUCCACAUAAGUCACAGCAGUUAGACGCCACAGGAAUGAACAGUAGAGGCGUUUUCUAUGUUUGACUGGUGAUAAAAUGUCUGUCUAGUAACUCCUUCACCUGAUUAUGUGAGAAAAUAACAGGUUCAUGGUCUUUUGAUAAAGCCAUUAAUUAACAGCUCUGUUUACAUAGAAACUAGAACAGAUAAGGUGUUAUAUUGUAAACCUGGUAAAUAUUCAGGUCCUGGGUGAAUAUGUGGAUGUGAACAUAUGAAAGUUAAUUAUAUGGGCUGCCCUAAAAAAAAUGUUUUACAUUCAAAAUGUCUUUUUCUGUAAUUAAGGGAAUAAACAUAAUAAAGUGCAACAAAAUUAUCUUCUUUACAGAUGAAGCAAUUUUGCUGUCUAUACAACAAGAAGAAGUUAUAGAUGUUGCAUGUUUUAUUUUUGAGACUUAGAAGGUUUUAGCUGAAUGGUUUCUAUUGGUUAGAUAUAUUCCAUAAACAGACAAAUUCUGAUGAAAAUAAAAGUAGUUCAGGUAAAUUGAAGUCCUAAAAUGAUGAAACAUGUUUGUUUAAAAAGAUAAACUAGAUUGAUGAUGUUGCUGUUAUUUUACUGAUCAGUUUGAACUAUCACCUAUUUUAUACAACUGAUUUUAUGGAUUAUAUUCUGCUGUGGAUGUUUUUAAUUAUUGUAAUCACUUCUAAAUUGAUGAACGAGCAGCAAUAAAAACCUCAUGGAUUGUAAAAA